GAAGAAUCUAUUUCUUCUUCUAAAUUCCCCUCUUUCUUCUCUCACUCUUAUUUUUCACCUUUGACAACUUCUUCUUCUCUCCCUUAAACCUCUUUCCCAAAAUCCAAAUGACCACCACAUAAAUCACAAAUUAACCUCCCUCUAAAACUCCACAAUGAUUCCCGAUUUCCGGCGAAUAAUCAUCGCCUUAAUCGCACUCUCAAUCUUCCUAAUAAUCCUUCGAUUAUUCCUCAAACGAAAAAUCCGAACUUCAAAACUCAAAAACUGGUGGAAUUUAAUCUCCGACAAAUUCCACGACCAUCAAUUCCUUAAAGUCCCUGAAUUUAACGAUAACAAUCAAGAAAAUCAACUUUUCCGACGAGUUUCACUUUACCUUAAUUCCCUCGAAUCCCUAGAAAACUCCGAUUUCAUCAACCUUUUUUCCGGUACUAAACCCACCGACAUCCUUCUAUCUCUUAACCCUAAUCAAACCAUAGUUGACCACUUUCUCGACGCUCCUCUUAUCUGGUCUUACGACGUCGUUUCACCUACUCAAAAAUCAUUCCUUUUAAAAAUCAGAAAACGCGAUAAACGACGCGUUUUACGACCUUAUCUUCAACACAUCCAUACAAUCUCCGACGACAUAGACCACCGUGUUAAAGACAUACGUUUAUUUACAAAUUCAACCUCAGGUUGGAAAACGGUGCCGUUUUCUCACCCAGCUACAAUUGAAACAAUUUCAAUGGAUUCUGAUUUGAAACUCAAGAUUAAAUCUGAUCUCGAAACGUUUCAAAAAUCGAAACUUUAUUAUCAUCGUUUAGGCCGUGUUUGGCGUAGAAGUUACUUAUUAUAUGGUCCUUCAGGUACUGGGAAAUCAAGCUUUGUAGCUGCAAUGGCAAAAUCUCUCUCCUACGAUGUUUACGACCUCGACAUCUCAAAAGUUUCUAAUGAUUCCGACCUUAAAUUUCUACUACUCCAAACAACCCCUAGAUCGUUAAUCCUUGUUGAAGAUUUCGAUAAAUAUAUAAGUGGGAAGAACAAUUUUUCACCGUCGGUAACAGUAACUAUUUCUGGGGUGUUGAAUUUCAUGGAUGGUGUGGUAAAUUCUUGUUGUGAAGAAAGAGUAAUGGUUUUUACUAUGACGGGUAAAGAAGAUAUUGACCCGGUUAUUUUACGACCGGGUCGGGUUGAUGUUCAUAUAUAUUUCCCUUUAUGUGAUUUUAGUAAUUUUAAGAAUUUAGCGAGUAAUUAUUUAGGGGUUAAAGAUCAUAAAUUGUUUUCACAAGUUGAAGAGAUGUUUAAUAGUGGGGUUACAAUGAGUCAAGCGGAAAUCGGUGAGUUGAUGAUGGUGAAUCGGAACUCACCGAGUCGAGCGAUUAAAUCGGUUAUUUACGCGCUUCAAACGACGUCGUCUGCUGUGUUGGAGAGUUGUAAAGGAACGCCGAGAAAUGGGUUUAAAUCGGGUCGAGAAUCGGUUGAUGAAUCGGGUGACCCGGUUGGAGGAAUCGGGUGUAGAGAUGGUGUGAAAGAGAUUAGGAAAUUGUAUGGGUUGUUGAGAAGGAAAAGUGGGAGGAAAUCGGAUUCUUUUGAUUUGGGUUCGACAUGAUUAAAGAGUUAGUCUUGCGUGGACCUGAUCGUUCGAUUUUUUUUAGUUUGGAGGUAAAGAAUGGGUUAAAUUAUUUGUAAAGUGGGUAUUUUUUUUUUUUUGGGUUACAGAAAUUAGGAAAAAGAAAAAAAAAGGGGUUAAAGGGUGGAAGGUGCAGAAAUCAGAACAAUAGAACAUGGGCAAAAACUCAUGUUUUUUCAAUCAUUCAAUUUGUUCAUAUAGUACAAUUACUACUUUAUAAAUUUGUGUUGCUCCAUAAUUAGUUUUAGAAUUUUAUGUUUAUUUUUUUUAUAUAAAAAAAAAUUAUGGGUUGUACUUGUCCCUGUUAUAAGGUGGGGAUUGUAAAUGAUCAUUUAUUAUAAACAAAUAUAGUAAAGAACUUUUAAAGGUUGUA